CUUCCUGGAUGGAAGAAUGGGACAUUUCCAGCACCACUUUUUCCUUGGCAUUGUGCGUUGCCCGUCGUCACGCUGACGCCGCGGAUCAACACUAAAUAAUGAUCACGUGUAAUCGAUAUUAUUCGAGCACUUUUCCCCCCGUAGUUUAAGACCGAUCGACCCCUCUACACUUCGGGAAUGUCGCUAUCUGGAAGCCCGCUACAGGCACGGUGGAGUCCGACAGCAGAUUUUGCACUGUUUUCGCCCAGCCGUGGUGUGCGUAGCGUUUUAUUCCUCGCAGCUAGAAACAGCCCCUGUCCGGACCGGAGGCGAAUAAAUGAGGCUUUUUAAGAGCAGCGAGUCCGUCGCCUAACCGCCAACCAUUACUUUGAUGCUCUGCCUUCGUGGCUGCUGUGCCAACUUCGCUCGAGCUCCGGCCGUGUUUGCAUCGGGUGACCAGCCUAACUACGCUGGAGAUGGGCAUCAUGGGAGCACAGGCAUAAUGAGGGAGAGGAGGGCAGCUGGUGACCCCUACUGGUCCUAUACAGGAAGCCAUGGACCACAAGGCUGGCCAGCCUCAUAUCCAGAAUGUGCUGUGGAGAACCAGUCACCCGUGGACAUUGCAGAUGAACAAGCUCUGGUUUCAGAAGAGUACCAGGAGCUGUUGCUUGACAAGUUCAACACCGAGUCCUCCAACCAGACCACCAUGAAAAACACUGGAAAAACGGUUGCUGUUCUCCUGAAGGAUGACUACUUUGUAAGAGGUGCUGGACUGCCAGGGCGCUUUAAGGCUGAGAAGAUGGAGUUUCACUGGGGCCAGAGUAAUGGAUCAGCAGGCUCAGAGCACAGUAUUAGUGGCAGAAGGUUCCCUGUAGAGAUGCAGAUAUACCUUUACAAUUCAGAUGACUUUGACAGCCUCAGUGCUGCCAUUCAGGAAAGACGCAUCAUUGCUGCCAUGGCCGUCUUCUUUGAGCUGGGGCAAAAAGACAAUCCAGCUGUGGACCCCAUCAUCCAGGGACUGAAAGGAGUAGUGCAUCAUGAAAAGGAGACCAACCUCAGGUCUUUCAUCCUGAGGGAUCUGCUGCCAUCAUCAGUGGACAGUUAUUACCGAUACACCGGCUCUCUGACCACGCCGCCCUGCAGCAAGGUAGUGGAGUGGAUCAUCUUCUCCCAGCCUGUGUAUCUGUCCCACUUGCAGCUGGAGGCCUUUUACUCCAUCUUAACAACAGAGCAACAGGACCAUGUCAAGUCUGUAGAGUACCUAAGGAACAACUUCCGGCCCCUGCAGGACCUGGACAAUAGGAAAGUCUUUAAGUCGGCUGUGAAAGACGCAUGGCAUAAAGAUUUGACUGAGAUCCUGAGAAGCCCUCACAGCACUGAGUCUUCAAGAGUGUGCAGCAGUGCCCCAGUGAGCAUGAAGAUCCAGCCGCUGAACCAGACGGCCCUGUUGGUGAGCUGGGAACGCCCUUUGACUGUCUACCACCCACCCAUAACCAGUUACAUGGUCUCCUAUAGCUGGGUGAAACGUGAUGUUCCAGAUGAAAAUACCUUCACUAAGACUGGGGACCAGAGCAUGAAAGCAGUCAUCACUAAUGUGUCCCCUGACUUCCUGUACCUGUUCAGAGUGCAGGCAGUAUGUCAGCAUGACCUGCGCAGUGAUUUCAGCCAAACACUGCUCUUCAGAGCAAAUACAACAAGAAUAUUUGAAGGGUCUCGUAUUGUGAAAACUGGGAUGCCCACGAUUUCUCCAGCAUCCUCAGCAGACAUGGCUCCAAUAAGCUCUGGUUCCUCCACUUGGACGUCCUCUGGCAUCCACUUCUCCAUCGUCUCCAUGGCAACAGGGAUCGGCCCCUCAUCUAGUGGCAGCCAGGCCACAGUGGCCUCAGUAGUAACAAGCUCCUUGCUGGCAGGCUUGGGCGUUGGCGGCGGGGUCAUCUCUUCUUUGCCCAGCUCUGUCUGGCCCACACAUGGGCCACAAGCCACGCAGAACCCCAACCGUCCGUCCGCCCUGCCUGCAAAGUCCAGCACUGAGCAGGCACCGCCCCAGGGCUCAGAGGCAGACACCCCUUCUGAGGAGAACCAGGCUGCACGUGAUGGUGAGGAGGAGGGGGAGACGGAAGGAGAGCAGGAGGAGGGAGAGGAUGAGAAGAAGAGAAAGAACAAAACUGCACCUGAUAAUGAGGAAAAGCAAGGGAACAGCACUGUGGCCAAAGAGCCUUUAAUCCCCACCCCCGCAUCCACAGCCAGAGAAAAAGGAGAAGGGAAGCCUACAAUCAAAGGCACCACAAUACCUGCAAGCACUGGUGAGGAGCAGUUGGUCAACAUAGAGGAGAAUCCCACAGAUGUAAAUGCAGUCUCCACUCAGGAGCCCCGUAAAGACAGUGCUGAGAUGCAGAUUCCCCAGAGCUCCACACCUUCCCCAAAGAGCAGUAGUGAUGGGAAGAGCCUCUGGCCUUUCUCUGUCCACACUGACAGGACCACUUUGUCCAACAUUACCAGAACCGUUCCUCCAGGGAUGGGCAGGAUGGUGUGGAUUGUCCCCCUAGUUGUGGUGUCUGCUCUCACUCUUCUCUGCCUCAUAAUGCUACUGAUUGUGAUGGUGUACUGGAGGAGAUUUUUCCAGACAGCUCACUUCUAUGUGGAGGAGAGCAGCUCUCCACGGGUGGUGGCCAAUGAGAAUAUUCCAGUCAUCCCUAUACCAGAUGACAUGGAGGCCAUCCCUGUUAAGCAGUUUGUUAAACACAUCAUGGAGCUCUAUAAGAACAACCUACAAGGUUUCGCUGAGGAGUUUGAGGAGGUCCAGCGCUCGACAGCCGACCUGAAAAUAACAGCAGAACAUUCCAAUCAUCCUGACAACAAGCACAAAAACAGAUAUAUCAACAUUGUGGCCUAUGACCACAGCAGGGUGAAAUUACGAGCUCUGGCGGGGAAGGAUGCCAAACAUUCAGAUUACAUCAACGCCAACUAUGUGGACGGUUACAACUGUCCCAGAGCUUACAUAGCUGCUCAGGGUCCUCUCAAGUCUACAUUCGAGGAUUUUUGGAGGAUGGUGUGGGAGCAGAACACUGGAAUCAUCGUCAUGAUCACAAACCUGGUGGAGAAGGGGAGAAGGAAAUGUGACCAAUACUGGCCGACAGAGAACAGUGAGCAGUACGGAAACAUUGUGGUGACACUGAAAAGCACCAAAGUGCACGCCUGCUACACACUGCGGCGAUUUCUAAUAAGGAACACUAAAGUUAAAAAGGGCCAGAAGGGGAAUCCAAAAGGGAAGCUAAAUGAACGCAUUGUGGUCCAGUAUCACUACACUCAGUGGCCUGACAUGGGAGUACCAGAGUACACCCUCCCUGUGCUCACCUUCAUCAACCGCUCAUCAGCGGCUCGCACUGCAGACAUGGGCCCUGUCCUGGUGCACUGCAGUGCAGGGGUUGGGCGCACAGGAACGUACAUUGUCAUUGACAGCAUGCUGCAACAGAUCAAGGACAAAAGCACAGUCAGUGUCCUGGAUUUUCUCAAACAUAUCCGCACACAACGCAACUACCUAGUCCAGACUGAGGAGCAGUAUGUUUUCAUCCACGAUGCUCUGAUGGAGGCCAUCCUGAGCAAAGAGACGGAGGUGCCUGCCUGGCAGCUCCACAGUUAUGUCAACAGCAUCCUCACGCCCAACUCGACAGGUCGCACACGGCUGGAGAAGCAGUUCAGGCUGCUGACUCAGUGCAACACGCGCUUUGUGGAGUGCUUCAGCGCCCACAAAGACUGCAACAAGGAGAAGAACCGCAAUUCCUCAGUGGUUCCCUCGGAGCGAGCAAGGGUCGGACUCACCACUCUGCCUGGAAUGAAAGGAACAGAUUACAUUAAUGCGUCCUACAUAAUGGGUUACUACAGGAGUAAUGAGUUCAUCAUUACCCAGCAUCCAUUACCCCACACCACCACAGACUUCUGGAGGAUGAUUUGGGACCAUAACGCUCAAAUUAUUGUCAUGUUGCCUGACAACCAGGGCCUGGCUGAGGAUGAGUUCGUUUACUGGCCGAGUCGGGAAGAGGCCAUGAACUGCAUCGCCUUCACUGUCACACUCAUCAGUAAGGACAGACUGUGCCUCUCCAACGAGGAGCAGAUCAUCAUCCAUGACUUCAUCUUAGAGGCCACGCAGGACGACUACGUUCUGGAGGUGAGGCACUUUCAGUGCCCUAAAUGGCCGAACCCUGACGCCCCUCUCAGCAGCACCUUCGAGCUCAUCAGUGUCAUCAAGGAGGAGGCCAUGACUCGAGAUGGCCCCACCAUCGUGCACGAUGAGUAUGGAGCAGUGUCAGCAGGGAUGCUCUGCGCCCUCACCACACUCUCCCAGCAGCUGGAGAAUGAGGCCGUUGUCGACAUCUAUCAGGUGGCUAAGAUGAUCAAUCUCAUGAGGCCGGGAGUCUUCACUGAUAUAGAGCAGUACCAGUACCUUUACAAAGCCAUGCUCAGCCUGGUCAGUAACAGAGAGUGCGACCUGAGCCCCAUGCACAUGGACACUAAUGGGGUGGUGGUGAUUGCAGACGAGUCGGACCCUGCAGAGAGCAUGGAGUCGCUCGUCUGAGGACAUUCUUACGGGCACUUAAUUUGUAAAAAUCUGAGAACUUUUCUGAGGCCUUUUUUGCCAGACUAUUGAUUAAAUGAAUAACCUUAUUACUUUUUAUACUGAUAAAUGUUUUUUGAUAUUUAUGUUUUUGUCCUUUAUUUCUUGUCUUAAAUGUUAUCCUGCUGAGCGUUUGCACCUGUUUAAGUUGACGUGAGGAAAAAGCAGCUCUGUCCAGUUUGCACUAUACUAUCAGUGUUACUGCCUAAAUCCAGCAAGUUAAAUCCGGGCUACGCGACAAAACUGGGAUCUUUGGACCUCAGUGAGACAAACCUGAAGCAUGAAGACCAGGAUGAGUUAAGGCGAUCCACUUUCAAUAAUGUCUCAAAACUAAACAUCGCAUCACAACGUAGCCCAGCAUGCAUUAUGUCACUUUGUCACCUCGAUCGAACUAACCGUUUUGAGGCUCCACUCCACAUGCGUGAAGCUCUUUAUCACACGUGAAGAGACUCUUAUCUGCUUAAUAUUCAUAUAUUGUCCAAAUAUCUCACUGCUGUCUUGUAUAAUGUACUUAUGGCUUAUUUUGUUAAAGUGAGUUACAACAUCUAAUGUGAACAUUUAUUGCUUUUUACAGGGAUUUAUAUUGUUAUAUUGUUUUGUUGUGUGUGUGUGUGUGUGUGUGUG